UGCUAGUUAGUCUUGCGUCAAAGCAAAUCCCUCACUGACUGAUGGUUGUCCCAGUCAGCUGGCCAUCUUUCAUUCAUGUAGUGUUUACUACGAGUGGCAGACAUGCAGGAUAGGUAUAGUGAGAUAGGAUUUACCCAGCAAAUACUUGGUUUGAAUUUAGUACCGAGAAAAAAUGGUACCCACAGAGGCAACGACACAUCUCUCGGCGACUUCUCAGAGAUGUGGUACGGCGUGUUUCUGUGGGCGGCGGUCUCCUCUCUGGUCUUCCACCUUCCUGCAGUUCUGCUCUCUCUCGCCACACUGCGACAGCACAAGAUGGCCCGGUUCAUGCCCAUCGCCAUCCUUCUAAUGAGCAUAGUGGGACCAGUUUGUGGAGGAGUCCUUACCAGUGCAGCCAUAGCAGGUGUGUACAAAGCAGCAGGGAAGAGGAUGAUCUCUCUGGAGGCUCUCGUUUUCGGUGUUGGACAGUCGUUUUGUGUCCUCGUCAUCUCUUUCCUCAGGGUACUUGCCACCCUUUAGCAGUGCUGAGGCCAGUCUGCCUGGCCUAGAUAAUGCCAGCUGAGUCUGACAGCAGCCACACCUUCUUUUCCUGAACUGAGCCUGAGUUUGUCAUGGCAACAAGACUUAAUUCCUGUCAGACCGUGGGACAAAUCUGAACCAGUCAGGCCCAGGACAUGAUGUCAUUUCCUACUGAUGGAUGAGGACCAGACAAGACUUCUACAGUGGUAAAGUGUUGUUGUGUGAGCAGCACAAAGCCUUCUGACUUUAUGAUGUCCACUGCAGCACAGCACAGUGCUGCGUUCACAUCACUACACAUGGUUUAAGAUGAUUAAAAAAAAAUCCUUUAAUUUGUUCCAAAGUGAGGAAAAUCUUUCAAUAAUUGUUCAGUUAUUCUGAAGUGAAGGCAGCAGGACGCUGUGCUCCCCUGUCAUUUGGGGUUACAGGUUAGCAGGAUGACACUAACCUUUCUCAGGGGCUCUGUGUGCGUUCAUGUGUGUGUUUGUCUCUAUCACUGUUGGUCUGAAUUCAUGCAAUGGCUGCAGAGAGACAGAAAAACAGGAGGAUACUGGUUAUAUGCAAGAUUCCAGCUUUUUUCCCUUGGAGGCCUUAAUUUCUAUUUUCUAACUUCCAAAGUGGUUUUUAUCUUCAGGGCUGUCUCUUGCUGCUCCUUUUGUUCUUCCUAACAUUUUUUUAGUUGAAAUGAGUUUAAAUCCAUCUGCCUGUGUGUUAACAUUGAUCCCAAACUAGUUCAGAGCCACUAAAUCAUGUUUCCAUUAAGCUUUAUUGGGAUUAAAGGGUGGAGUUUUGUUUUUUUGCAGUUUCAGAUUUAGUUUUUAAGAGAAUUUCUGCACAAUUUCCUUGCUCGUCUCUUGUUUCUGAAUACUUCCAAGGAUUGAACACUGGGCAUAAGUGCACUCAGACAACACUGAACAAACCCUUAAAUGAGAACAAAUUUUGAUUUUAUCACUAUGAAUGAGUUUGUUUUACAGAUAUGCUAUUUGUGACAUUUGUAAAUAUUCUAAUUUAUUUUCAGGUCUUUGUAGCUUUUUAAUCUUUAUGACCAAACAUGAAUUUCUAUUUUAUUUGUCUGCACAAAAUGUGCAUGUAAUGUUGGAACAGAAGUGCACUCCCUCAGUGUUUUCACAGGGUCAUCAAAUCCCCACUGUCUUCACUGACUGCUUUUAGUCUGUCUUGUUUGUACCAACGCACGUAAAGAUUCCUAUGUGUAACUUACAGAAAUAGGCUGAACACUAAAAUACUGUGAUACAAUUUGUUUAAAACACUGGGGCAUGCGAGUGAUUCAACUCUCUACGUCUACACCUAAGAGGUAAUGAUUGAAACAAGAUGACAAUUCUUUGGGCAGAAUUGUAUCGUUGUUGGAGUCAGAGUUGAGUGAUAUUAACUUUAUUUUCCUUCAUCUGGAUGAAAAGCUGCUUCUUAUUUAACACAAACAUGAGCAAAUGACUCAGUUACUAACCUCAUGUGUCUCUGCUCUGUUUACCUCCAUGUUAUGUUAUAUUUAAAUCCAAGCAAGACUGGAAGAUGACUGGCUUAAAGGGACAUUAAAUUCAAUGGCCACCUUGAAGGUACUUAACUUACUUGGGCCAUAAAUCACACAUAACUAAAUUUUAGAUACUUAAAAGUUUGAGAAUUGAUCCAGUAGAUUGUUUUGGUCUGCAGUGAUGAAACUAGCUGCAAUGACUGCUUUGUACAUUUUAUGGCAAGUGAAACAAAUGGACUGUUCCCUUUUUAGGUGCUUUUUAAAAAUACUGACAGGGUCAAAUUGUUACUUUAAGUGAUAAGAUGUUUUUAAAAGUAAAGCAAGAAGCAAACAUU